ACUCGGCUACCUGUCUGAGAUUCCAUCACUUAGUGUUUUGCAUUCGAUAGUAGUAUAUACUGCUCUUGGCUGACGGAUCUCGUCCAGGGGUGCACUUCUAGUUCUCUGUCUCCACCAGAGGGGUCAUUUUAAUCUUUCUCACAUUUUUUGUCCAAGGAACCGAGCUAACAACAUGAAGACCCCUUUCAGCGUUCUCCUCCUCGCCUCUGUUCUUUGUUUUGGACCAGCUCUAGCUAUUAUCACCAAAAAUAAUUGGAGUUACGCAGGAGCUGGUGACACAGAUCAAGAGUUUUGGAAAGACAUCGACGGUUCAUUCUGUGACGGUUCCUCGCAGUCGCCUAUCAACAUCGUCACAAAAUGGACCCGGGAGAUCGAGCGUGCUCCAUUCAAUCUUCAGUCGUACGACACCACCAUAGAUGCCACAGUGGAAAAUAAUGGUCAUGCAUUGGAAAUCGAGGUCUCUAAAAUGCCCGGAGAGGGUCAUUACGAUGUGACAGGUGGUGGGCUGAGCGGGACAUUCAGAGCUGUCCAGUUCCACUUCCAUUUCGGUUCUAACAGCAUGCAGGGAUCAGAACACACGAUCGACGGAGAACGCUAUCCCGCCGAAAUGCACAUCGUUCAUUACGAUACAGCAUACAGCAGUGUCAGCGAAGCUGUAAAGAAUAAAGGAGGUAUCGCAGUACUCGGAUUUUUCUUGGAGGUAGAUGAUGAUGAUAACUCUGCACUGGAUAUAAUACUGGACCAAGCCAGUAACCUCAUGCGACCUCAUACGCAUCAAGAGAUGGCAGGUUUCACACUUUCUAACUUGCUACCAUCAUCGCUAGAUAAAUUCUGGCGAUAUGACGGUUCCCUGACUACCCCUCUAUGCAACGAAGUCGUGACCUGGACUCUCUUUGAAGACACCAUCAAAAUUUCAAAUAAUCAGCUGAACAUCACGCGGACACUGAUGAGCGAUGCAAUCGAUGAGGCGGGCUACGAGAUGCCCAUGGAAAAUAACUUCCGUGACAUUCAGAGCCGUGGCAUACGCACAAUAUACGCCGUGACCGCUGACGACGACUAUGGCAUGAGUCCGACGCCUACAGCUUCAGCAGGAAAAUCGGCUCCAGGAGCGAUGAUUGUUCUUGACGCUUUUCUUGUAGCCAUGGCUUUGAGAUUUUAAUCCUGGUGUUAUAAUACUUACCACACGACAACGUCAUUCAGACAUAGCAAAAAUGUAUUCUGUAGCGCUUCCUCUAAAAGCAAAAUGGUUUAUUUCAUUAGUUGAAGUAAAUUGUCUGAAGCUUAAAAUCUUCCCAAAGAAAAGUAAAACAAUUUUACAGAAUGAAGACGAACCGUUUAUCACCCAUGAAUCUAAAUGUUGUAAACAGAUCUAAUGAAGAAUCUAAGAGUCAGCUAAAACAGGACGAUUCUUCAAAAAACAUUAUCAAGGUAUAAUCCGAGUAACUUAUUUCAGUAAACUUGUUGAAUGUUUGAUGUCCUUCAAAAGUAUUAUAACAGUUAUAACAAUGAAAUAAUGGAUGAUGGUUAUGAAUGUUACUGCUCAGAUUAUUUCGAUGAAUCAAU